AUGUCCAAAGCUGAGGAAGAAACAUAUACGUACUUAUUUAAAGUCGUUCUGAUUGGAGACAGCGGAGUAGGUGGGUACAAAAGGCUUAAGCUUUUGUAUAUUGACUAUAUUCAUGUUUAUUUUGCUACAACCAACUUUAUUUGCCAUAAUUCUUGACAAAUUUAAUAGCCUUCCCAAUCUGAGGACAAGAUUGAGUAUAAUAUAAGUCAUAACAUUCUCUUUUAUCAUUCAAAAAUGUUUUGAAUUUGAGUUCGUAUAAGUUAUGUCUAUAAUUUCUUCAGGCCUUUAUGAUAUUUGUAUAUAUGCUAGACUAUAUUACACGAUAGUCCAAGUAUAAAUUGAAUGACAACGCUUCAUGGAUAAACUGGUAUUAAUCCUAACGUUAAACAUUCACAAAUAAACUGACAAAGGCAAAGCAAUCUAUUAUUGUCAAUGAGGUCAUGUAUGCAUGUGCUAGUCAGCAUGUUCUAAAAUAUAAAUGCAGUGUAAUUGCUUUAAUAUUAGGCUUAUACUAGCUUAUAUGUACGAUUUCUAAACUAUUACGGUCCAUCUUCUAUCAGCGAGAAUUAAGAUGAUUGCAAUUGUCUGCAUAACCUUACUGUAUCUUUAUUUUAUUUUAUUUUAUGAUCUGAAAACUUAAAGAUGCAUGUCAAAGUCACUAACAAAUGCCCGUAUCGCCGUCGUUAUAUUUAUAUGACAUCUUCAUUCAACUCUGCAUGAUUAUAACGAACUUGCAAGAUCGCCAUGAGGCAAGAUUUGUAAGCGUUUAGACCAAUAGACCCUUCAUGAAUUAGCACAUAAACACUACUUCAUGCAACUACUCGCAAGUGCGGUGAAUGGCAGCAUACAUGCAUGCCAUUGACAUGGACAGAAAAGUAUAAUCAUCUAGUCUAUCGGACUAUCUAUUUAUUUAUUUAUUUAGCUUCGCCUUGACAAAAAACGUACACAAUACAAGCACAACAAUUCAUAUAGUGAGACAUAAAAAGAGGCGGGGACACCACAACAGUUUACACCAAUUACUGUGGGCCCUAACUGUAUAGACUAUCGUGUUCUAUUCGUCCCCUUUAGCCUAAAAAUUUUUAAAGUGAGAUCCAUGCAAUUAAUGACAGUGUGUAUAGUAUUGUGCGAUAAGCUAUCGCGGUUUGUGUCUGAACUACCUGAAUAGAUUAAAAACACUUCAACUUCUCGAGCAAAGAAUUUAGGACGCACGCAGGACUGAGGAGCUAGGAUCUCCAGUUCACCUUGCUUCCUCGCAUUUUAAUUCCUUCCAUUCAGACACAAACAUAAUAUUUUCACUGUAAUUAACAGAAUAAACUUUGAGCUAUGUCAACUGUAUGCUUUAUAAUUAUGCUUUAUUAUGUAUAAAAAUGUCACACUAUUUACUAAAUACUUUAACUAAGUUCAAAGGCCUUACCUGUAUAACUAUAAGACUUUUAAGUCUUAAUUACAGUAACUAACUAAAAGAUAACUUUUAUUAUCCCCUGUCAGUACAUAGCAUUUCUAAAUGCUAUGUAGGCUACUGACAGGGGAUAAUAAAAGUUAUCUUUUAGUUUUUUGAACAGUAUAAAGUCAUUUCUGCAAUUAUUAAUGUACAUGUGAAUGCAUACUGUGGUUCACUGAACAGUAAACGAGAAAGUCUCUUGUCUAGAUUGAAGUUAAAAAAUUUCCAAUUAGUUCAAAAACCUCUACAUCUGAGACUUGAGUAUAAUAUCGCCACAUGCACUGUCAUUCACAAAGAGAAAUGCAUGUCAGUAUUUCGACUACAAAAGAGUGUCAAGUUAUUUAUGCGUUCUCUUCGUUUAUUCCACAGGCAAGUCCCAGCUCUUAACUAGAUACACAAAGAAUGAUUUUCAACUAAGUUCAAAGCCAACAAUAGGAGUAGAACUUGCUCAUGAAGAUAUUGAAAUUGAUGGCAGAAUUGUCCGAGCUCAAAUAUGGGACACUGCAG